CAUGACAUGUGCUGGAGUUUUGUGGAUGAGCUCGAACCAGAGCAUUUCCGCUUUUUAUCUCUCCGUCCGUUUUUAGUUGUUUUUUUAAACUCAUCAUCUGUACUUUACUGAUAUUUAUCUGUAGGAAUAAAGAAGAAGGUUUCAGGAUUUAAAUCUAACAAACAUGAAGACAGGAAGCCGGCUCGCUGCACUGUCCUUACUCCUCUCCGCUGUGUUGUCUCUCUGUGUUUGUACUUUAAGCCCUGAUCAGAUUGACCCUCUGCUGUAUGAAGAGCAGCUGCUGUGGGUGAGUGGAGCCCAGGGGCAAGUGAGAACCUAUAGGAUCCCGCUGCUCACCUACACCUCUAAAGGAAGCCUGCUGGCUUUCUCAGAGGCCAGGAAGUCGACGAACAACGACGUGGGCGCAAAGUUCCUCGCAAUGCGGCGGUCCACAGACAAAGGAGCCACCUGGUCCCCGACCACCUUUAUAGUCGAUGAUGGAACGAAGCCGGAUGGCCUGAACCUGGGCUCGGUAGUGGUGGACGAGGAAGUGGGCUCGGUGAUUCUGGUCUACUCCAUCUGCUUCCACCUCUUCCAGUGCCACCCGUCCAGCACCAUGAUGGUGGAGAGCAUGGACGACGGGCUCAGCUGGAGCCCGCCCAGAAACCUCUCGGUCCAGCUCGGAGUGAAAAACUUUGCUCCCGGGCCAGGCUUCGGCAUCCAGAAGCGCUACAACCCAGCUAAGGGGAGGUUGGUGGUGUGUGGUCAUGGGACAUUGGAGGGAGACGGAGUUUUCUGCAUCCUGAGUGAUGACCACGGGCGUAACUGGUACAACGGCGCUGCGCUGAAAAGCAUCCCUUACAACCAGAGGAAGCGAGCACAGGACUUCAACCCUGACGAGUGCCAGCCGGUUGAGAUGAUGGACGGCAGCAUUGUCAUCAACGUUCGGAACCAGAACAACUACCACUGUCGGUGUCGCAUCGUGGUACGCAGCCGUGAUGGUGGAUUGUCCCUGCCCGUAGACGAUCUGUUCUUUGACUACGAGCUGGUGGAUCCUGUAGUAGCAGCUGGAGCUCUGCAGAAAGACGGAGUGCUUUACUUCACUAACCCCUCAAAUGAGCAACACAGAGUUAACCUGACCUUACGUUGGUCACUGACUGAUGGCAACUCUUGGGUGCAAGAAGCUAUGCAGAUAUGGGCCGGUCCAAGUGGCUACUCCAGCAUCACAUCGCUGAACAGCGGCUCUCCAGAGGACCGGAAGUACAUCUUUGUCAUCUAUGAGAAGGGCCACAAGGACUAUGACGAGACUGUCUCGUUUGUUAAGAUCCACCUGUUUGGUGGCCGGUAGAGCAUGUGAGAGGGAGGUAAGCAGAUGAGCAUCAACAGAUUCAAAUGUUGGAGGGAAAGGGAAACAGGAAGCUGUUGUAUACUCCCACUACUUUCUCAGGAAGAAAAUAAGACUUUUUAAAUUCACUUUAUGAUAUUGAAAAUGGGAGGCUCAGCACCAUGAAUGUCCAGCAGUUUUCGGCCUGUGAUGAUCUAAAAAUUUUCGCCUUAUUUUAUCUUCCUCUUCUCUUAAAUUCCCACACUUGAUAAAGUCGCAAAUCAAUGUCCAUUUUUAUGUGUUUGGAUAUUUUACCAAGUGUUUGUUUUUGCUCAAAUUGCACAGCCACAAUAUUUUGUGAGUUUUCUUGUUCAUACUCAAAACAACAUAUGACAAAGCAAGGGACAGUUAAAUGUUGAAAAUUCAACUUCAGACCAAAUACAGUAGUUUCCAAUCAUACUGUCAUGGAAAUAUCUGUUUUGAAGUUGAAUACUUAAUUUUUACAUAUGUUUACACAUUCUUCCAUAAAGUAGACGACUAAUGACUUUCAGCGGUUUCAAUAUGGUAUGCAACCACCUCUGGCAUCUAUCACUAAACUGUCAUAUAUGUUUGUUGAUGGUGUUAAAUGACUUCUAUUUGCUCAGAUAAUAUAAUGUCAUGGAAGUAGCCUACUUUCAAAUUUUUUUAAAGAUUAUUUUUUGGGCUUUUCCGCCUUUUAAUUUUUGACAGGACAGCUAACUGAGAAAAGGGAGAGAGGGGGGAAGACAUGCAUGUAAUCGUCAAAGGUCAGAUUUGAACCCUGGACCUCUGCGUUGAGACAUAAACCUCUCCGUACACGUGCACCUGCUCUACCACUGAGCCAACAUGGCCACUGCUUUCAAAUCUUAUAUGGGUCUGAGUUUGUAAUUUCCAUGAAUGCCUUCUUUAGGAUGCGAGUGUGCCAUGAAUACAUGCUAUGUGUGUGUGAGUGUGAGUGUGAGUGUGAGUGUGAGUGUGAGUGUGAGUGUGAGAGAGAGAGAGAGAGAGAGUGGUAAGUGCAUAAUGUAGCCAAAGAAUCAUCUUUUGCACUUGUGCAGAAUGUAUUCUGAUAUUUUGUAAUCAGUCUGAACUCCUCUCUAUUCAGAUUUGGAUACGUAUAUCAAAUUCAUGAAUGCCCUGUAUUACCAGCAUUGUGCACAGGGUUACAUUGUUUUCAUGCAGGAAAUCUAUCUAAUUUGUACUAUCUGUAAAAUAAAUAAAUGAUCUCUAACAAUUGUGGGCACAGCUGA